AUGGGAUGUUAUUCUUCCAAUUUAAGCGAAAAUAAUGAUUCUAUGGAUUCACAAAGCAUACAACCAGAAUUUAGAUAUAAUAGUGGCAGAAGAUAUCAUAACGCAGAAAAUGCUGUAUACCAUUUACCGAACGAUGAAUAUGAAACAGAUAGGUUACAUAUACAACAUUUCUUAGUAAGAUACAUGUGGCAAAGCAAUUUUUCUGCUCCUAUCGAUCAUAUUUUGUCUAAACCAGGUGCCAAAGUCCUAGAUGUCGG